AUGGCGACAUGUUGCGCUGCUAAUUGGGGCCGUCGGGCCAUGCCCAUGCCCAUCAUGUAUGCACGCAUCAUCAACGAGUUCAACUCAUUGAUGAGGCUACAACGUGAAGCAACGCACGGGCUCGAGCUCGCGAUCAAUUAUGGCCUCAUGAAUGCAACAUACUAUAGCCACUUCGAACGCGCCCCGAAUUCGACAUAUAUGCCUUCGUCUUUCCUUGGAUCGGUUGCUUUACAGAAAGCGAAAGUUCGACUUGGGUCGCCGCACGUUUGCGUUACAAGGAUCAAGUACUCAUCUCCCGCCCACGGAUUGAUUGCGGUGGCAGAUUUAGACGGCACUCUGACCGUUCAUGAUGCCCAAGACCUCACAAUUAUUCGUCGCAAAACUGUGUCCCAGUCGGGAAGUAGUCCAAACGCUAUUCGAGCUUUGGAAUGGCAUCCCAAGGAAUCAGAAGUUUACGUCGGAUUUUCCAACGGCAACGUCAUUGGAUAUGACAUUGACAAAGAUAUGAGAUCACACACGAAGGAUCCCUACCAUAGACUCUCUUUCGAUGGCCCGAUAUACGACAUCGCAUUUUCUCCGUCAGGGUCUCAGUUUGCCGUUGCAUACGGGGAGCAAGUUAAGAUCGUCAAACGACGGUCAUUCGGCAAAUAUCACGAACACGAUCUAGGUAUACGGCCUCGAACCAAGCCACAGAAGCUUUUUUACUACGAGACCAACUCGCUGGUUGUCAUUUCUCUGCUCAACCUACCUAACAACAUUCCAGCGGCAGUUGCCUACUCCACCGACGAUUCGCGUCCUGGGACUCUAUGGACCGUCUUUACCACAGCCUCGGACACCAUCCUCACAGCGGCAAUGUCUCCAACACAGGAUCUUAUCACUAUUGUGCAUGUGCAUUCUGGAGCGGAGUCGUACUCAGUUCCCGGCCGCAAUCUUCUCCUCAAACAAGAGAUAUACGAACACGGGGUUAUCCGGAAGGAUCAUAUAUACGGAGUCGACAUGGUCUUCGUCGAUUCAGACACCGUUGCCAUAGGGGGGGCCGAGUCGAUCCUUACGUUCUCAAACGUUAGGACAGGAAACAAGCAUGACUCAAUAUCUGCACCUGUUCUUAGAGAUGCCUCAUCAUGUAGUCUACGGAGAUUGGACGUCACUCGCCGACCCAGCGACCAGACUUUCCGGCUCAUAACCGCAGAUAGUAACGCUAGGAAUAUCAACUGUCACAUCCUCCAAUUCUUAGAGUCUUCUCCUUCGGCUCGAGAUACACAAAAGGGAAGAAUUUUUGGGCUGGGUUGCGGCAAGAUUUGGGUUGCGAUCUUCGUGGUAAUGCUUGGGGUUGCGCUGCGGAAGUCCGCCAUCCUUACAGCUGCUGUACGCUUUUGGCCAGACAACAUCGCUUUCGACCUUCCCUUCAGCCUUCCCCUCAAAUUGCAAGCCGUGUCUGUUCCAGUGAUCGCGUCAGAACCCGUAGCUGCGUCAGGUCCAGUGGCUGCGUCAGAGCCCGUGGUCGCAUCAAAGCCCAGAGCUGCAUCUGACUCAGUGGUUGCGUCAGAGUCGGUGGUUGCGUCAGAGUCGGUGGUUGCGUCAGAGUCGGUGGUUGCGUCAGAGUCGGUGGUUGCGUCAGAGUCGGUGGUUGCGUCAGAGUCGGUGGUUGCGUCAGAGUCGGUGGUUGCGUCAGAGUCGGCGGUUGCGUCAGAGUCGGUGAUCGCAUCAGAGCCUGCCGCACCGGCGAGCCGCCUUCGUGUAGACGCCACCGAGGACAUCUCUCCCCACCAAUCGGCUUCGCAGUCCCAUGUUCUAUCAACCCCGACGACCAACUUGGCGCCUCUUUCAUCCCCCUCUUUACACCUCUCAGAAUCUAGGGUCAUCUCGCCUGAGUCGACUCGCGCAGACCUCGAAUCUUCUGCAAGUAUCGAGUCCAACCACGACGACUCUCCACCGGCCAGCGACCCUAUUGGCGAGGGCACUCCUACCUUCGUUGUUACAACGACGCUACUUGAAGCCACACCGCCAUCCACUGUCACCGUUAUUCAGAUGACGGAGCGGAUCAUCACUAUACGAGAGCCAGGCAUAUCCAUCGUUGCGCACUACUUGAUUGCCUUUUCGGUGAUUUCUCUCGCCUUCACCGCCUUUUACAGGCCAGAAUUUAGAGCAUGGGUCACUCGCCUGAAGUCCAAGGGACCUAAGGAAGCACUGGUUACGGUGGACUGCAAGCAAGAACAAUUGGAAGGAAAGGAAUAUUUGGGGAGUAUUCCCGCUGUGCAGCUGAGUCCUAGGGGAGCCAAGGGAGAACUGGGAAACGUGCCCACGACUAAGCCAGUCAAGACGGACGACCAGGAAUAA